AGGAGGAGGGAAGGAAGAUGGCGGCCGUGGAACUAGAGUGGAUCCCAGAGACCCUCUAUAACACCGCCAUCUCCGCUGUCGUGGACAACUACAUCCGCUCACGCCGAGACAUCCGCUCCUUACCCGAGAACAUUCAGUUCGAUGUUUACUAUAAGCUGUACCAACAGGGACGCUUAUGUCAACUGGGCAGUGAAUUUUGUGAAUUGGAAGUUUUUGCUAAAGUAUUGAGAGCUUUGGAUAAAAGACAUUUGCUUCAUCAUUGUUUCCAGGCUUUGAUGGAUCAUGGUGUGAAAGUUGCUUCAGUCUUAGCCUACUCAUUCAGUAGACGGUGCUCUUACAUAGCGGAAUCAGAUGCUGCAGUAAAGGAAAAAGCCAUUCAGGUUGGCUUUGUUUUAGGUGGCUUUCUUUCAGAUGCAGGCUGGUACAGUGAUGCUGAGAAAGUUUUCCUGUCUUGCCUUCAGUUGUGCACUCUACAUGAUGAGAUGCUUCAUUGGUUUCGUGCAGUAGAAUGUUGUGUGAGAUUGCUUCAUGUGCGAAAUGGAAACUGCAAAUAUCAUUUGGGUGAAGAAACAUUUAAGUUAGCUCAGACAUACAUGGAUAAACUCUCAAAACAUGGCCAGCAAGCAAACAGAGCUGCACUCUAUGGAGAACUGUGUGCACUCCUAUUUGCAAAAAGUCACUAUGAUGAGGCAUACAAAUGGUGCAUUGAGGCAAUGAAAGAAAUCACAACAGGCUUACCAGUCAAAGUCGUGGUGGAUGUUUUAAGACAAGCUUCUAAGGCUUGUGUUGUAAAACGUGAAUUUAAGAAGGCAGAACAGUUAAUUAAGCAUGCAGUGUAUUUGGCACGGGAUCAUUUUGGAUCCAAACACCCAAAAUAUUCUGAUACACUGCUAGAUUAUGGGUUCUACUUACUCAAUGUAGAUAAUAUCUGUCAGUCUGUUGCAAUUUAUCAGGCAGCCCUUGACAUUCGGCAGUCAGUGUUUGGUGGCAAAAAUAUCCAUGUAGCAACAGCUCAUGAAGACUUGGCUUAUUCUUCUUAUGUUCACCAGUAUAGCUCUGGGAAAUUUGACAAUGCACUAUUUCAUGCAGAAAGAGCUAUUGGUAUCAUUACCCACAUCCUACCUGAAGAUCAUCUUCUUUUGGCUUCUUCAAAGAGGGUGAAAGCACUUAUUUUAGAGGAGAUUGCAAUUGACUGUCAUAAUAAAGAAACUGAACAGAGGUUGCUUCAAGAAGCUCAUGAUUUGCACCUGUCUUCACUCCAGCUAGCUAAAAAAGCUUUUGGGGAAUUUAAUGUACAGACUGCAAAACACUAUGGAAACCUUGGAAGACUUUAUCAGUCAAUGAGAAAAUUUAAGGAAGCGGAAGAAAUGCACAUCAAAGCAAUUCAGAUUAAAGAGCAACUUCUUGGUCAAGAAGAUUAUGAAGUAGCCCUUUCAGUGGGACAUCUGGCUUCUUUAUAUAAUUAUGACAUGAAUCAGUAUGAAAAUGCUGAGAAACUUUAUUUGCGGUCUAUAGCAAUUGGGAAGAAACUUUUUGGUGAAGGCUACAGUGGACUAGAAUAUGAUUACCGAGGUCUCAUUAAACUUUACAACUCCGUUGGAAAUUACGAGAAAGUGUUUGAAUAUCACAAUGUUCUGUCUAACUGGAACCGGUUGCGAGAUCGGCAGUAUUCAGUGACCGAUGCUCUUGAAGAUGUCAACACCAGCCCCCAGUCCACUGAAGAAGUGGUGCAGUCCUUCCUGAUUUCUCAGAAUGUUGAGGGACCGAGCUGCUGAGGGAGGACCUCAGUUAACUAAUUUACCUUUUCCCAGAUUCCAGGGAGUUCAUACUGUGAAAUCAAAACCAUGUUGUUUUUUGGGGCUGGAAUUUGCAUUGAAACACUGGUCCAGUCCAUUGACCCUAUUUGGGUGAUCCCUAUCUUGCAGAGUGUCCGUAGGAAUAAGCAUAUAUUCAGUUAUAUUCAGCAUGUACCGCAUGUAUAAGUAAUCUGGCCCAUAUUUUCAACCUAGUAGAACAAACAACAGGAAUUUUUUUUUUCUUUUUAAAAAAUAAUUCAUUUUGCAGAAAGCCUGAAAGAAAAAAAGAACCCCUAAAUAAAACUAUUUAAGAGUUUAAAAGAGUUGCAUUCUUAUUAUGUAAGGAUGAUUUUAACAACUUUUUAACAUAUAAUUCUUCCUUGAGGAGGUAUUCAAUACUGUAUUGUAAAGAAAUUUUAUGGGGAAAAUCUUUAUAUGCAGUAUAGAAAAGUUAACACAAGUACUAAUAGAAGAGGGACAUCCAGAUAGGUUUGGCUACCUUACCCAGAGAAGUGGAUACAACCACUCCAGAGCUCUAUUACAAGGGAAGGACUGUCAGAUUCAUCUGAACUGGACCAGUGUUGAUCUGUAAGUAACAGGAAAGCUGAUAAACCAGCAGUUUUAACUCUUUGGUUGUUUUGGUUUUGUUGUAUUUUUUUGGGGUACAAAAAUGCAAGAUGCUCUCAUAGCGUUUGCUAACAGGACCAGGAGGAUCUGAAAAGGACCAGCCUAAUGUAGAAAGGGGUUAUUUGGACCAGAGGCUUUAGAUUAUUAUUUUAGCCCCUGCCUAUACUUUUAUCAGUAGAAUGAUUUCAUUUAGAUGUAUAAUGAAAAGUGAUCAUGCAAAAAUUAUAUUCAUGUAAUAGACACCAAACUAGGGAAAUUUGGCAAUUUCAGUGGCAUAUUUUCGUCAAGGUACACAGAUGGCAAUGCCAUAAGCAAGUCUAUAAAUAUCUGCUGCAGCCAUCUCCCUCAUUUUAAAUGUUACCCUAAUAAGCAACACAGUUAGCAAGCAUAUUGGCUACGAGUCAUGAAAUAGCUCAUGUCCAGAUGGGAAUUAUAGGUUACUGUGUGGUUUAUGGGGAUUAAUGGAAAAAUGAAUUCCGAAAAACAGCAAGUCUUCUUAGAAAUCCUUCAUGUUUAUGGUAAAUAAUAGUGCAACUAGGUCAUUUUGUUUGAAAUUCAAGAGUCAAGUGGAAAGAUUCCCCUAAUGAUAUAUCUAUUUCACUAACUUGUCUUUCUGUUUAUUCGGUUUUGAUUUUUUUUUUAAGCCAGUCAGGUUAUUUAAUGUUGAGGUAAUAUUCAAAUUUGAGAAGUUGUGACAUGUAGCAAUCCAAGAAACAAGAAAGGUCUUUUGCUGUUACCUCAGUUCUUAUUAUAGUGGCCUAUUUGGUGCCUCUAUAGUUAAGAAUCAGGGUUUUCCCCCCUAUUUUCAGGGGUUCAUGACUUGGCUGUUAGAGAUGUUGCUCCUGGCUAAUGCUGGGAGUGGUCUGUGUGGAUGUGGAUGUGUGCUGAAUUUUGGUUUUCUUUUAACAGGCACGUUGGGGUGGGAGGGAGAAAAUAUCUAAACUGUCCACCACAUUGACUACAGAAAAAGUAAUUGGAGAUUUCAGAUAAAUUUGAGUUUAAACACUUUUUUGGACUUCCUAAAUACAACCUUGUUUAAAACUGUUAUUUGCCGUCUUGUUAGUUAUGAGCCAGUGUUUUUAAGUCCCCAAGUGGGCGUUGACUAGGGGAGGUACCUAAAGAUGAAGCAAGCCCAGACCUUAAGAUUAUAGCUAUGUGAUUUUGAAACCUGGGUUUAAUCCUCAAAUUGAAUUAUUUUUAAUUUUGAAAAGAGUACAUUGGCACACCUGCACCUCCCCCUUCCAGUUUAUUACAAUCUAAUGCCAAGAGGCACCUCUUUAUUAAUUACCAAAUAGUCUGUGUGACCAAGGACUAACAUUUUCAAGUUACUCAGCUCUAUCCUCAUGGGCCUAUAUAUUUAAUACCUCCAAAGAUACUUUAAGGAUAGGCUUUGUAUACUUUUGUUGGUUAUUUAGAGUCCUGUGGUAUGUUUGUGGUAUAGGAAUGU